GCUCCAUAGCAUGUUGGCAGCACACAGAAGUACUUCAGUUUAGAGCAGCUAGCUGAUGCAGCAGUAACAUAUGGGCAGUGGAGACGCGGAUUGAAACCUGCAGGCUGUGGAAAUGAGAGGCGUGGGUCCCCUCCGGAAGUAGCCGGGGAUGGACGGAGAAAGCCGAAACGCCACAGUGCCCUGGGACAACGCCAUGCUGUCUCCCGUGGAUCGGCUGCGCUCGGACAGGGCGGACAGCCCCACGCCGGGUCUGGUGGAGGGAACGGAACCAGGUGCUGUUCAGAGGAGUGCUAUUUUUUAUCACGCACAGUCUUAUGAAGAUCUGACUGCUGAGGCUGAGAACGAAGCCCAGAGGGCCCCGGAGCCGGACCGCCCACAGGGACAUAAUGAAGAUGAGAUCGACGCGCUGGUGGGAGAGAAAAGCGUCGAGAGGCGGCUCAACAACGACCCCUCAUCCGAGAGCAGCACCAAAGAGGAGGACGUGUCCAGCGAGGCGUGGAGGAGUCACAAAAAACACGUGUUUGUGCUGAGCGAGGCCGGAAAGCCGAUCUACACCCGCUACGGCACGGAGGAGGCCCUGUCCAGCACCAUGGGGGUGAUGAUGGCGCUGGUGUCUUUCGUAGAGGCGGAGAAGAACAUCAUCCGCUCCAUCCACGCAGAUGGCUGCAAGGUGGUUUUCCUCACCAAGAGUCCUCUGGUCCUGGUGGGCGUGUCUAAGACCGGCCAAUCAGACAAGGAGCUGCUUCGGGAGCUCCAGUACAUCUACUACCAGAUCGUCAGCCUGCUCACCCUCACCCAGCUCAACCACAUCUUCCAGCACAAGCAGAACUACGACCUGCGCCGCCUGCUCGCCGGCUCCGAGUACCUCACAGACAACCUGCUGCGCCGUCUGGAGCGAGACCCGGGCCUGCUGCUCAGCGCCGUCACCUGCCUGCCGCUGGCCAGCUCCGCCAGGGACGUGGUCUCGUCCAGCCUGCAGGCGGCCAAAGCCAAGAACCUGGUGUUCUCCAUCCUGCUGGCCGGCGACCGCCUGGUCACUCUGGUCCGGAAGAAGGACCAGUUCCUGCACCACAUAGACCUGCACCUGGUCUUCAACCUGGUCGGCUCCUCGUCGUCCUUCCGGGAGGGCGAGGGCUGGACGCCCAUCUGCCUGCCCAAGUUCAACACGGCGGGAUUUUUUCACGCGCACAUCUCCUACCUGGAGCCCGCCUCCGAGCUCUGCCUCAUCCUGGUCUCGACGGACCGGGAGGACUUUUUUAACAUGUCUGAGUGCAAGCAGCGCUUCAUGGAGAGGUUGAGCAAGCGCAGCGCCUACCAGGCCAUGAAGGAGGCGCUCAAAUGCCCCAGCUACUCGGUGGAGCAGGUUGGAAUCCCUGAGCUCAGGCACUUCCUGUACAAAUCAAAGAGCUCAGGCUUGUACACCAGUCCCGAGUUUCCCGAGGUGUACCAGUCCGACGAAGAGCAGGAGAGGCUGAUGGGACUCUACCAGGACCUCCACAGCUGCUUGCACCAUCCCACCAGACCGCUCCGCUACUUCUACCGCUGCAGUGAAACCGAGAACCUGCUGGCCAGGCUGACGAGCGGCUUCGAGCUCUACCUCUGUUUCAGUCCGUUGGCGACCAAGGCCUUGGCAGUCUCCGCUGUGGACAAACUUCUGAAGUGGAUCAGGAAGGAGGAGGAUCGCUUUUUUAUCCUCAGUCCUCUCACAUACUGAGCCCUCGCCGCUGGCCGAACCUCCUGAGACGACAACGGACCUCCGCGGCGCCCUCGUCCGGCCUGGUGCCAGCGACCUUGGGCCGAGAAGAUAAAAAAACAAAACAAAAAAAAAACAAAAAAAAAAAAAACUGCGAUCAUCUCACUGUAGACAAAUGAUUGUCAGAGCUAUGCAUUUCUUUAAUCUGGGACCCCUGGUUCAAUUGCUUUGUUGUUUUAUAGGCUCUGCAGGUGAAUGGGGAUUAAAGCUGGAGCUUACCUGGCAAGGUUUUAAAUGGUUUUAUUUUGAAUAAUAGAUUAAUCCAGCAUUUGCUUUGUCUAACAUGGAAACAUAGUUUGUGUGGGCCGUGGAAGUCCUUAAUAAAGACUUGUUUUAGUGUGACAGAGCUGUCAGGCUUAUAAGAACAACAUUGUUGUUUUCUUAAGCUAUAAUUACAUAUCUUACGAUUUUUUUUUUUUUUUAAGUCAAAAACUCUUUGUAAACCUAGAACUCAUAAGCUGCAUGAGCGUGUUUUACUGUCUUUGAAGAUCCAUGGGCAAAGCCUGUUGGCCACAUUCCUGUUGAGCCUUGUCGAUUCCAAGAAAUGCUGCCGUUCUCCCACUAUGCACUUCUUUUAUUUAAAGAGGCACUCCAUAAAAGAGACUGGAAGCUGUUCACUGUGCUUUUAAGUUUGUGUUCUCUAUGCUGAUGUUAACUGUUCAUCUUCUUGUGUUUAAAUCCAUGUGCUUGUCUUGUUAACAUGCCUUUUUUUUUUUUUUUUUUUUGUCUGUAACCUGAGAAAUUAACCUUUUUUGCAUUUGUCAGACAAGGAGGGGUGCUCUGUGUUUCAGUGGCUCUUGUUUUGCAACAUCUGCCUCCACUAAUCAUGCCUUAACUAAUGGGUAUUUUGCAAAGCUGCGCAUUUAUGGCAGCCAGAUUUUUAGAAUGAUCGUCUAUUUAAUAAAUUAGAGACCAAU